AUGGAGGACGAAGAAGACUUUAUAGGUUGCAUUAGUUGCAUGAGCACAAAUGAUUUAUGCGACCUAUUUGCUAUUUAUUCCAACAAUGACGAAACUUACGCGCAAAUGCUGGAAACUUGUUUCGAUUUUAAGGUAUCAAAUGAUUUUAAAUAUAUAUGUGCUAUUUGUGUGGAUUCGUUAGAAAAGGCCUUAUUUUUUAAGAAUCAGACAACCGAAAACAUAAGAAUGCUGCAGAGUAUUAAAAACGAAGAAUAUUUAGAUGAGACGAUAUUAGAAGCUGAGGAUUCUGCGGCAGGCCAGAAUGCGGGCUGCCGGGGUUCCGGCUGCGGGAAUGAUGACAUGGAAGACGACGACGAGGAGCACGAAAUCGAAGCGCUCGACGAAACGACGUGCAUAUACUGCGACUUGCAGAUGAACACGGCGGAGGAGAUACACCACCACGUGCGGCUGGUGCACGGGCUGGAGCCGCGGACGGGGCGGCGGGUGCGCGAGUGCGGCCUGUGCGGCGCCUCGCUGCGGGAUCUGGCUGACCAUUUGAACAGAUGUCAUAGCGGCGUGUCGGAGAGUGAAAACCGUCAAUAUGCCUGUCACUUUUGUGAUAAUGUUUACAACAGUAAGAAGGCUUGUUUCACGCACCUGAGGAUGAAGCACGGACUGAAACUCUGCAACGAUCACACUCCGAAAUAUUCGUCUCGCGAUCGCAAGAAAUGCCACAUUUGCGGCCGAGAUUUCAGCCAGAAGCAAGUCCUGAACGCUCACCUGUGGAAGGCGCACGGUUUUGAGGUGGAGAAACGCAAGGCGUUCUUCUGCCCGCUGUGCUCUGAGCGCGUGAGCUACGGCGCCAACUUUAGCGCGCACCUGCUGCACAGACACAACCUGACCGAGCAGGUCGAGCAGUUGGAGUUCAGCACUAUGGAUGAUUUCAUGCUGUACAAGAGCGCUAUACAGGAAGAGACGAAGUACCGAUUCCGCAAGACGACCGCCAGCAAGCAGACCAUAGAGGGCGUUCGCUCGCACUACAUGUGCAGCCAGUCAGGGAUCUAUGUGUAUCAGGGCAAGGGCAAGCGUCCGGCGCCCGAGCGGCAGAUAUACAAAACUGGCAAAGCGUGCCCGGCCCAUAUGAUCGUCACGGAAACGUUGGACAAAGUGUUGGUGACCUUCUAUAAGACGCACGUCGGACAUGGCACGUGUCCAUACUACGAGCCGCGCGAGCCGAAGCGCGCGAAGGCCCGCUCGCCGCUCCCCGCCGCCGGGGAGGUCGCGGGAGUUGGGGGGGAGGACGGGAACGAGAGCGAGUCGCUGGUGUGCGACACGUGCGGCGCGAGCAUGCCGUCGGCGGAGCGGCUGCGGCGGCACGUGGCGGCGCACGGCCUGCGGUUGUACCCGUGCGAGUACUGCCACGAGCUCUUUCAGAAUAUCGACGCGUGGACUCGCCACGUGCGCGUGGAGCACAGCGUCGACAUAUUGUAUUGACUAUUAGAUACUAAUAAAGCAACCUAGUA